AUGGAUCUUGCUAGUAAGCCUUCAUCUGUAUGCUAAAAGUGCCACAGCUAUACUAUGAAGUUUGAUUUGAAAAGUUAAUUAUUUAAAUGCUUUAAUAAUAGUUGCGGAUAUAUAGAUAACUUAACUGUGAUUACAUAUUCUGAUGAAACUGUAUAGGACAAAGAAGAAAAUACUAAAUCUAUGGCACAGUAAAUUAAUAGCAGAAGAUAUGCAUUUGGUUAGGAACAAUUAAAUCUAAAUACAGUUGAUUAUAAAGAGUAAAUUGUAGAUAAAUGGGAUAAGAUUAGAAAUGAAAUAAACGCAUGCAAAAAGUUGAUAAGAAAAUGGUGUGAUUUUAUUGGAGAUAAAAAAAUAGAGUUUGAAAUCGUCUAAAACUUUAUUGAAAUUGUUAACCUUGAUAAAAAGUGCACAUGUAAAUCUGUAAAAACAAAAGCAGCCAGCAGUUUUUGCUUCAUAAUUAUGAAAUAUGUGGGCACAGAGGCUAAUCUUUAGUAAAUAGCUGAAACAACAAAUGUUUCUCUUGAUAAAAUACUGAAAGAGUAAUAAAAAAUAUAAUAGAUUAAAUUCAGUAUUGAAAAAAAUGAAAACAUAUUAACUAGUAAACCAUAAAAUGAUUUUGUAAAAUCUGUUGAAUGGGAUAAGAUUUGCUUUGAAUAUUUACAAAAAAAGAUCUUUUUUUAUUUUAACUAAUAAGUAAAUCAAAAUUUAAAUGAGAUGAAAAAGUUUAAUUCUAAAUAAUUUAGUAGCUACAAAGAUGUAAAUUUAAAGGACUUUUUAGAGCCAGAAGAAUUUUAAGUAUUUAGUAUUUUAGAAUAAAAUAUAAAGAAAACUAAUCCUUUUAAGAUAUCUUUUGAAAGAAAUAAAAUAUCAAGUAGUAUGGUACUUGUAUUUUGUUUAUUAACAACAAUAAAAGAAUUGAGCAUUCAAACUCCUUUAGAAUUAUCUUCUGCUAUAAAUCUAAAAGAAAAAACAAUUCUUAAAUAUUAUUAAAAGUACAUUUAUAAUAAAAAGUAAGAUAUUAUACCAAAGUAAGAUUAAUGGCAAAGAAGAAAGAGCUUAAAUUAUUUAAUGCUUUUUUAAUGA